AUGUACCAGAACCUUGGACGCACACCCAACUGGGAAACCUGCUUCAAGCAAACCCAACUCACCGAGGAGAACUUGCGAACACAUACUGCCACCCACAAGAAGCUCGAUAGUGCUUGUGAAAUGGAUGACCAACUUUACUACCGAUAUGACGGUGACUUUGCUGAGUCAGACGAUGGAAACGUGGAAAGCCAAAGAGAGACCAUCGCCUUGAGAAGAGCAGCAUCGUUGGAGGUCUUGAAGGCGUACGGCGGGUGCUUCGCCUCUGGCUUCCUCGCACUACAAGAGCCCCUCCCAUCAAGGCCAAAAUCCAAACUCAGGUCAUACGAGAGCGCAUACAGCGUCGACAUGUCAAGAACGGCUUCCAACGCCACAUCACUCGAGACAGCCUCAAGCAGCUGGAGCAGCAACGUCGACAUGCCCCGGCCAGAUUCGUCUACAUUGGGCGCACCAGUACCGGAAAGCAAAGGUGGAAAAUGGAGCUGGCGAAGCAUGAGGAGGAGUCGAAAGCAAGCUGCGAAGAAGAUUGAAGUUUAA